AUGGCCCAGUCGACAGCGGCCCUCCAGUUCAGUGGCCACCUCGGCCUCAGACAUCGCCUCGUCCUCGCCAUUGUCAGUGGAAAGCCCCUCAGAGUCGACAAAAUUCGCCCCCACGACCAGAAUCCUGGUUUGAGAGACUACGAAGUAAGCCUGCUCAGAUUGCUCGAGAGAAUCACAAAUGGCACAGUCAUCGAAAUCUCGGUCACCGGUACUGCUGUCCUCGUCAAGCCCGGGAUCAUUGCUGGAGGAUCCGUCACACACGACUGUCCCCUCUCUCGCUCAAUAGGAUACUUCCUGGAGCCCGUAAUCAUGCUCGCCCCGUUCUCCAAGAAGCCUCUCCAGCUGACCUUGCGUGGAAUCACUUCGGAUGACCGCGAUCUCUCUGCGGACCUCACUCGAACCGUAACAUUGCCGUACCUUCAACUCUUUGGCGUUUCAGACGGACUAGAGCUACGGAUCAAAAAACGCGGCUGCGCGCCAUUAGGGGGAGGAGAGGUGCAGUUCCUGUGCCCCAUAGUCAAGCAGCUCAAGACCCUGCACUUCGUCGAACGCGGAAAAAUCAAGCGAAUACGAGGCAUCUCACAUGCUGUACGCGUCAACCCACAAUUCUCAAACCGCAUGAUCGAAGCGGCACGCUCAGUACUGAACCGUUACAUCCCCGACAUCUAUUUGUACUCCGACGUCUACAAGGGUGAAGACAGCGGCAAAUCGCCAGGUUAUGGCCUCAGCCUCCUCGCUGAGACCACCACCGGUGCACUACACAGUGCCGAGGCGAUCUCGCAACCGGGUGUUGCACCCGAAGACAUCGCGCUUCAAGCGUCGCGCGCAUUGCUCUCAGAGGUGCGCCAUGGCGGCUGCGUAGAUCGAGCACACCAAAUGUUGGUGCUGCUCAUGAUGGUCCUCGGGAGCGAAGAUGUCGGUCGUUGCAGAAUGGGCGAGCCUACCGAGAGGACAAUCCAGUUCCUGCGCGAUGUGCAAACGUGCUUUGGAACGACAUUCAAGAUCGUCCCCGCCGACCCGAUGGACCGGUCGUCUACGGAACUGAUGUUCUCGUGCUAUGGAAUCGGAUAUGUCAAUGCAAACAGGACAUUGGCAUGA